AUGGUGGCCGUGGAGAUGGAAGCGGCUUUCGACGGCGGGUCCUCGAUCCCACCGGAUGCGAAGAAGAUCCUCCAUGACCUGGCGUCCAGCUGGGGCGACGUGCAGGACAGUAAAGCGAUAGGGGUAAUCCCUUUGAAAGGGGCGAUGACGAACGAGGUCUACCAGGUCUACUGGCCCUCCAGCAACCACCGGGCUCCCCAACGGAAGGUGCUCCUUCGUGUCUACGGCGAGGGCGUCGACGUCUUCUUCGAUCGGAAAGACGAGAUUCGCACAUUCGAGUUCAUGUCCCGCCAAGGUCAGGGCCCGCAGCUGCUCGGCUUCUUCCACAACGGCCGCGUGGAGGAGUUCAUCAACGCCCGGGUGAGUCAACCGUGCUCAAUCUUUCCAUUUAUCCUUCUUUACGCCUCCUGGCCCCAGCCGUUUUUUUCCUUUUUCGGACGAUUCCUGCUCCGGCCGACAGUUACUGUUGAUUGAUGUAUGAAGUGUCAGCGUCUUUCCAAAGAAAACCAUAACUCAAGAAAAAAAAAAUCAUAAUUCGAGCUACAGGUUAUUUUUUAUCCACGAUUCUUUAGAAUUCCUAGAAACUGAUCAAUCUAAUCAACUGAAUCAUUCUGGGAAUUAAUCAACUGUCGAAUUGAACUGGUUCAUAAGUCAGCUGUUGAGUCUUAUAAUGUGCCUCCAGAAGCAAAGUGAAUCAUUUCUCAGCUCAUUUUCAGGCAUCAUUAUCAUCAUCUUCAUCAUCAACAACAACAACAACUGUUAUUUUUUCUAUCUCAUCCCUCAAGAACACUCUUCAAGAACAUCAUCUUUUCCUUCUUGGGGCGUUGAAGGCUGAAGAAUUAUCAUGUUACCGCCAUGACCAGGUUCUCCAACACGUUUCUUAUUGUCAUGAGCUUAAAGCAUCCAAACACCUCAGAAAUCUAGUCAUCCUUCCGUACUCCCACUCUCGAAGCUUUCAAGAUUCAGCCACUUGGGUAGAACUAUGUGCAUAUGUGCACAUAUAAAGCCUUCUCUUUGAGUUUGAAAAUGUCAACUCAAGUGUGAUCCUUCUAAAAGUCAACCCCCACGAGCAGAUGCACAAGAACAAUCCAUCAGUUGUACUGGGUUCUCAGAUUCUGAUCGCCAAAUUUACCUGCAUCAGCCUUCAAAUUGCACUGGGUUUUGAAUAAUAAACUAGGUCUAGUUCGGAUUCUCAAGAUCUAUCCAUUUUUUCGGCUGAUUCCAUUCAAAUCUCCAGACCCUGUCUGCUGCUGACCUGCGUGACCCUGAGAUUUCCGCAUUAAUCGCUGUAAAGCUGAAGGAGUUCCAUGAUCUCGACAUGCCUGGCCAAAAGGAUAUCCUCAUCUGGAGAAGGCUAAGGUAGCACACAAUUCUCGCCCCAUUUAAUAUCCAUCAAACUUUUACAAAAUUAAUUACUUUAUUGAAUUACUUUCUUUAGGAGCUGGCUUCAGUCGGCCAAGAGAUUAGCAUCCCCUGAAGAAACCACCGAGUUCUUCCUGGACCAGCUCGAGGAUGAGAUCUCCCAUUUGGAGAUGGAGCUUGAGCUGACUGGCGGCGAUCAGAAGGUGGGCUUCUGCCACAACGAUCUUCAGUAUGGCAAUUUGAUGAUGGAUGAGGAGACCAGACUGGUGACUAUCAUAGUGAGCUUCCCCCCCACCCACACCUGACCUGUUCUUCCCCAAUUUCCUUCUUUGGGAAGAUAUCCAUAACCCAGUGGCGUUGACAUUUGCCUGGAUUUUUCUUCUUCUACUCACGAGGACUACGAGUACGCGAGCUACAACCCCAUCGCGUACGACUUGGCCAAUCAUUUCUGCGAGAUGGCCGCGGACUAUCACACUGAAACACCCCACGUCCUGGACUUCACCAAAUACCCAGGCAAGUCGUCGGCUUGCUGAUAGCAGAGUUGAAUUUUGAUGGUUGACCGCUUGAUCCUCUGUUCUUGGCCAGAUCUGGAGGAGCGGAGGAGGUUCGCGCAGGCCUAUCUUAGCCCAGCAGGUGCCCAUCCUCCUCGCGGCUGAAGCAUGUCUUUUUUUCUUCGUCUUUCCGAGAGGAUUCUUUCUAAUUUUACGCAAUCAGGAGAGGAGCUCGGUGGCGUUGACCUAGAUAGGCUGGUGGAAGAUGUUGAGAAGUACACUCUAGCGAGCCACCUGCUAUGGGGAUUGUGGGGGAUAAUCUCGGUGAGCCACACUCUCUGUCUCGUCCGUUGACACUCGCCUGCCUGUCUGACCGUUGUUAACCUCCUCUGCAUCCCUCUUGUUGACCCCUCUCCUCGCAGAAGCACGUCAACGAUAUUGACUUUGACUACGGGGAGUAUGCGAGGCAGAGGUUCCGGCAGUACUGGGCGAGGAAGCCCGCAUUACUGGGGUCGCAGCCCCGUGGGAGCUUCCAAUAA